UAUUGUAAUUGUUGCGGUACUAUUUGGGGGCAUAAGGUAAGACUUUAAUGACAAAUUUAGUACAUUUCUUCUCUGAAUCUCUUAUCUGGAUGAAAUUCUUCCACAAUUCAACCCAUAAAAUCUGACUUUUGGUAUCAUACAACAUGCUAAUUAUUUGGCUCUUCGUGUUGCUGUAAGGAAUGACUACCUUUCACAUUGUCCUAAUUGUGAUCAUCCUUCUCAAAGUCCCUCUUCAGGCUUUCUGUCGUGUAUGGGUGGACCAGAACCCAGUGGUGACCGGCACACUGGGCCAGAAAGUCUCCAUGGGAUGCCGUGUCCUGUCGGACAGCGGGGAGCUGAUCACUGGCUGCAGGGCAGAGUGGUACAUCAACUCGGCCACACAUGGCCAGAGGAAGGUGUGGAGGGAGAUGGGUGACUUGCCCCGAUUCAAGGGGAGGUUUCAGAAAACCUACGACCAGAACACAACAGACACAAAUAUCCUGAUGAUCUGGUUAGAACUGAAUGACAUAGGCAACUACUUCUGCAUUCUGCAGUGCUGCGUCAAUGGGAAGGACAAGCAGUACCAUGGCAAUGGGACAAGACUCCUCAUCAGCGAGGCUAAACCUACACCUUAUGGGUUAAUAUUUACCUCAGUUAUCCCAGGUGCAGAAGAGGAAAAUACUUCCGAGAUGCAACUAUUUUAUUUUUAUGCUUUUCUGGCAGUGAAGCUGUUGGUCAUCAUAGUGCUUGGAGGCCUCAAUCAAUUGUUAAAGAUGUCAUUUAAAUAAAAAAAUGUUAAGUA